CAGCAAUAACUACUGUGCAAUUGAGGUUUAUUAGGUGCUGCAAUAUAUGCAAGCGAUGGAAAGAUUCAAUCACUGCGUGCCCUCGUGGAAAACAAAGCAUUACGGAGCAGUGGUUGGAAACGCUGCACAAAAACAAAAACGCGGUGGCAAACGCGACGCCACCUUUAAACGCCAGCCGUUGAAGGAGAAUUCCGACUCAAAUACAGACAAUAGCGAAGCGCAGAGUACUCCACACAAACGGCAAGAAAAGCACUUGGAACUGCUAAAUAAGUUUCGUCAACAGGCCAAUUCAACAACAGUGCACUCGGAUACAAAUGACGAGUUCAAGGACUUCGAUGUCUCACAUAUUCCGAUGGAGCCAAGAACUACCAAAGGCGCGAUUACUGUACAGCUCGUUGCCCCAGUGGCAAAGAUUCAACAAGAGACAACUAUGGAAAAUGAGGCACCUGGACGCAACUUGGAAAAUUCCCGCGCAGAGCUGGACAUGCGUGCUAUUAAAAGCACUACCACAUGUUCAAUCCCAGCCAUUACAACACAGUCCAAGCAAGAUCCGUGUUUCGAGCGCAUGCAACGUGAUCUCAACAGCCCGUCUGCAUUUUUGCGCGCUCGUGCCAUACGUGCCUUAAAAAGUCCCAGCAAGGCUGCUUAUACACAAUUCGAUGUGCCCCACGAGGAACAAAGCAUUAUUACAACUGAGGAACGGAAUCCGCCGGCGGAACCGACAUUAGCAGACAUACUAAAGGAUGUAAUUGUCUACGUUGAGGUUCGCUCUGGAGUUGACAAUCGGUCGGAAGGUGUGAAAACUGUAAUUGCCAAAAUGGGUGCUCAAGUCAAUGAUCGACUGCUGCGCACCACUACACAUGUCGUUUUCAAAGACGGCCUGCUAUCAACGUACAAGAAAGCUUGUAGCUGGAACGUUCCUGUAGUUUCAAUAUUGUGGAUUGAGGCUUGUAAAAUGCAUCGGAAGCUGUGCCCUCCUGAAAUGUUUCCCAUUAGCAACAAACAUCUCUAUGAAUAUCCAGAAUUAUUUCCUAAAUUGUCGCGCGUUCGUUGCAUACAACCCGGUGCAGAGCUUAAUAGACGUCCACGCAAGCGAGUAGGUGGCACGCCUACAGGCUCCAAGGAUGUUGAAAGAGAAAAGACUGCUAUUAAGAAAGCCAAUACUACUUCAGAAACCACAACACCUACAUCAACUCCAACGUCGCGGCAGAAGAAGGACAUUACUCAUUUCUUUAAACCGCUCAGUCUCACCAAACAAAUUCACGCAAUCUGCGACGAAGCGUCAGCUGAAUCACCAGCUACUAAAUUACUUAACAGAAUUAGCAGCGGUCAGUUCACGCCGGUACAGACAGCUUCAAAGCAAAAGCAAGAGCAUGUUGAUGACAAUGGCAGUGGAGAUUCGCCAAACGUACAACCACCCAAUAAGCCGAGAACCAAGAGAAGUUUGAGCUUUGCAGAAACAAGGUCUGAAGGACCCAUGACACGUCGUCGCAGCUCCGUGGGGCUGGCGCCUGUGACCACACCAGCGCCAAUGACAAGACGCAGCAGUUCCUUGCACGUUUUUAACAACACACUGGAUAAUAAAACUGUUGAUGGUGAAACGAUUCCUGAGCCUCGUUUGACCCGGCGUCGUAGCUUAAUGAGUCUCGGAACAAAUUCUGUCGUAGAGCCGAGCACGCCGAAGGUUUGCAAGAAACCAUCUGUGCAGUCCAUUGCCGAGGAAACACUUGCUGAACCGGUGGUCAAAAAUGUAACCAAUUGCAUGGAAAUGUCCUUAGAAGUAAGCGUCGAGCAAUCCGCAGCAAUCGUGCCAAAACAACGUGCCACUGUAUACACUUUAGAAUCUAUGGAAAUAUCAAACGUUCACUGUCGUAGUGUCUUCACAUCCAGCACUGAUUUGGCCAAUUUAGAUACCCCAGCAAAAGGUUCUGAUAGAAAUCUACUGACGAAUGUGAUGACUCAAACGUCCAUUCAUAGCACCGAUGGUGAGCACACACCAGUGCCAGUUUUUAGUUCCACGCGGUUACCCGGCAGCGCUCCAAGCAGACGCUCGAUCUAUAGCGUGGAUAUAGAACUCAUAAAUGAACGUAUCAAUAGCAUCAACAAAUCGUCUCAACGUCGUUCCUUAGCGAUGAUGCAGCAAGACAACCUGCCUCCCACAUUGAAUAAGAGUAGUAGGGAUACACCGCUGGCGGUGGCUCAGCCGUCAACAGUCGACGCAAACCAUACGAAUAAUAAUACGGCUGAGGUAACCCCUUCGCAGCCAAAGAUGCGGAAACUAUUUACACCAAAUGAGGAAAUAAUAUUUUCACCACCGAAAUCAUGCAAAAAAUCACGUCCUAGCUUGUGCGCCACCAUGCCCAACAGCUCCACCAAUAAACGCAGACGUACCCUGGCGGCUGCUCCAGCCACCCCAUCAACUGAUUAUAAAAAAAAGGAAGUUGCUAACACCAUGAAUGGCUCCGGUGACGAGGCAAUGCUCAAAGCCAUCCAACUUAAGACUUUAGGUCGUCGUAGUACGUUAGAUUUUGAGCAAGCUAAUAGUGGUAAGGCCCCUCCCCCGACUGAGAAUAUUGUGCAAUCUAACAAUGAGGACGCAAAGGCUACCGAUGAAGAUAAUGAUACCACGGAGCGCUUCAUGACGCCAGUCGGCUCAGAGGAAAAAAUAACAGCAAAUACGGAAGAGAAGCCUCCGCCGAAAAAACGACGUCGCAUUUCUCGCACCCUGGUACACACCAAUAUGCACCAGGAGCAGAUACAAGUGAUUCAUCAGGCAAUAAGAAAAAUUCGUGGUGUACGUCUCGACCCAACUGUGGGACCACGGACGACUCACCUGAUUAGUUUGGAGCCACGGCGCACACUCAAUCUCCUGCGGGGACUAAUGCGCGGCGUCUGGAUUGUUACAUACAACUGGAUAUUGGAUUCGGUAAGAGCUGGAAAAUGGGUGAAUGAAGAAGCCUACGAAUUAACUUCAUUUUCACGCGCCGUUGAGAUAUGUCGUACUGAGCGCCAAGCGUUUGGGGUUCAUUAUCGUUGUGAGCUCUUCAGGUAUAUGGAAAGUUUUUAUGUGUCCUCGCUCUGUCGUCCCGUACAUUUCAAUAACAUGAAGGAACUUUUACUUCUGGGCGGCGCCACGCUCACAGAGAAUCGCUACAAGGCGAAAUAUGUAAUUGGCGAUAAGCGUCGAGCUGAAGAUGAUCGGAUAUAUCUGUCACCUUAUUGGGUUCUAGACAGUAUUUCAGCUAUGCAAAUACAAAAGUUUGGUAAAUACAUAAUGAAGAGUGCUAUUGUAACGCCAGUGGGUAUCAUUUAUGAGAAUCCCCAGGAGAUGCGAAUCACAUAUCAAGACCCAGAAUUCAUUAUUGAUAAAUAGAAAGACUAAGUAUAUAAACAUUUCGACCAAUUUCAUCAAAUCUUUUUUUCUGCUGAAAAUAAAGUAAAAACGUUGAAUUGCUGAUUCUGAACUUUAGAGUUACAAUAAAAAAUCGUUAAGUAAAAGUA